AUGACCUACAGCCAAGUUAACCAUAAUAUAUGUAUAGUCGGAUCAGCUCUCAAGAGACUAUUGCCAAACAGAUCCAUUAUUGGAAUAUCAUCAGAGACUUGCCCAGAAUGGUAUUACUUUGACUAUGGAUCACUUCUUUAUGGAAUGAUCACUAUUCCAUUCCAUCAUCAACAUGAUGCAACAUGUAUGGUUGUAUCCAGUACGAUGUUCCCAUCUCUAGUUAGAUUGAUCAACCAUGGAGAUUAUAACUAUAUCAAACUUAUUGUAUUCUUGGGCGAUGAUCUCGAUCAGACACUUCGUCAAUCAUUACCAGACUCUAUCACUUUCAAGACAUUCGAUCAACUAUUCAAUGAAAGUGAGUCACAAGGUAUCCUGCCACAUGGUAAAGAUAAAUUCGUUGGUGAUGAGAUAGUAACUUUAUUCUUUACUAGUGGAUCAACAGGACCACCCAAGGGCAUUAUUUACACCGAGAGAGUGUUGUAUCAUGGUGUAAAGUUGUUUACCAACACAUACAAACACCAGACUAUAUAUAGUUAUGCUACUCAAGCUCAUAUUCAGAGGAGACUAGAUAUCAAGACCCUGUACACAGGUGGUCAAAUUGGAAUCAAUUCCAAUCUAAACAACCUCAUCGAAGAUCUCAAACUUCUACGUCCAUCAGAGUUUGUUGCCGUUCCAAGAGUUUGGCACAUUAUCUACUCUUCACACUUGGACACUAUUCAUAGAUUGAGAUUGGAACAUCCUGAAUGGACAGAGGACCAGGUGGAGACGGAGGCAAUCAAUCUGAUCAGACCAAUAUUCCAACCAACGAAUAAUAGUUUGAGAAUUGGUGCUGCACCUGUAUCUCAGUCUAUUAUAGACUUUAUGCAGAAGUGUUGGGGUGACAAUGCCACAGAGAUCUAUGGCAAUAUGGAGACGUUCAACAUCACAGUCAACUAUAGGGUGACAGACAACAUUCAAUACCGUCUUGAACCUGUGCCAAGUAUGAGUCAAGAACCAAAUGUUGGUGAACUCUGGGUCAAGACACCAUUCCAAUAUCCAGGAUACUACAAGAAUCCAGAGGCUUCCAAGGCAUUUGCUGAUGGAUGGUAUCGUACAGGUGAUCUCUUCAAAGAAAUUGAGCCUGGUUACCUCAAGAUUGUCGAUCGUAUCAAGAAUACCUUCAAGUUGAGCAAUGGUGAAUUCGUCCAUCCGGAAAAGAUUGAGACAUAUUAUAACUUGUCACCAUUGAUCCAACAUAUAUUGGUAUAUGGAUCAUUUGGUAAACCAUUCCUUGUUGCCAUUGUUGUUCCAAAAAAGAAUGUGUUGCAACAUUGUGGCCUGACCAGUGACGAUCACUCCAUGGAUGAUCUCAACAAGAACCAUAAACUCAAGAGUCUCAUCCAUAAUGAGAUAUCCAGGUUAUCCAAAGAGAAGAAUGUACCAACUUAUGAGAUACCAAAGAUGAUAAUGUUGGACAACACAACUUGGCGUGAUCAGAAUCAAUUGAUAACUGCAUCUGGAAAGAUGGCCAGACCUGUUUUGUGUCAAUAUUACAAAGCACCAAUUGAUCAUAUGUUGCAGACUUUGGAGACUUUGAACAAUUCAUUGUUCACACAACAAGGUGACUUGGAGUCCAUCGUAGAGAGCUAUAUCAAGGGUGUGCUAGGCAUUGAUACAAGCUCAAACAAUGUCAACAUGUCAGACAUCAACUCAAUCUCAUUCACAGACAUUGGCGGAGACUCGAUUGGUGCCGCCAAGUUGUCAUCCAUACUCAAGGACAAGCAGGGCAUCAAUAUCUCGGCUCAGUUCAUCUUGAGCAAGGAUCAUAGUAUUGGCCAUAUACUUGAUAUCAUCAAGGGCAAUGUCACUGCCAUGUCCAAGAAGAGAGAUUGGGAUGCAGAGUUCAAGCUGGACCAGUCGAUCGAUCCCAUGGGCAAGCCAGUCAAGCCAAUCAAGUCGACUGGCAACAAUGUAUUCUUGACGGGCGCCACUGGAUUCCUGGGAUCGCACCUUCUUCAUGAUCUUCUCGCUGGACGCAACAAGGCAAUGGUGGGCAAGGUGUAUUGCUUGGUCAGGAAUGUUGGCAGCAGGGCACAGGCACGCGAAAAGUUGGUCCAACAUCUCACAUCAAAAUAUCAGUUGGAGGUUGGUCCGAACGAGGCCGAGCGCAUCAUCCCGGUCAUUGGCGAUCUGAGCCAGAAGAGAUUCGGAUUGAGCGAGCAACAGUUCAUUGACAUUGCCAACGAUGUCCAUUUGAUCAUGCAUAAUGGCGCGCUGGUCCAUCUGAUGAACCCGUAUCCAAACAUGAAGGAUGCCAAUGUCGGUGGCACUGAGGAGGCGCUCAGACUGGCGUGUGUCGGUGAUCAGGUGGUCAGAGUGGCGCACGUCUCGACCAUUGGAACAUUUGGACAUUUGACCAAGGACACUGAUGACUCGACCGUUCCACCCGUCUCCAACCUGGACGAUCACACACUGGGUGGCUAUGGUCAGACCAAGUUGGUGGCCGAGCAGUUGGUCAAUGAGGCCAAGUCAAGGGGUCUCCCUACAAUGGUGUUCAGACCCGGUGUGAUCUAUGCUCAUUCCAAGUCUGGCAUUGACAAUGACAAUGAUAUGAUCAGGAUAUUGAUGCGUGGAAUCAUGCAACUCAAGUGUUAUCCAACUGAUGCAUCAUGCUCGUCCACUGGCGAGCUGAUCAAUCUGUCAUGCGUGGACUGGGUGUCAGACUCAAUCGUGUCAUUGUCAUUAUACUCGUUGUUCUACAAUGCCAAGCAUAGGCCACCAACCUACCACAUGACCAAUGACAAACAGGUCACGAUAUGGGAGGUGUGCCAGGCCAUCAACAAAGUGGUGCCACUCGAACAGGUCACUCUGGAGGAGUUCAAGAGGAGACUAGAGACGCAGCCCAACAAUGUCAUGUAUCCAGUGUACACUGCCUUUGGAAAUGACUUGCCAUUCCUCUCCAGUCACAGAUUCCUCAAUCCAUCAACAUGUAAUGACCUUGCCACAAUAGGACUACAGCCAGCACCAGAAGUUGAUGAACCAAUGCUCAUCAAGAACAUCAAAUACCUUCAACAAACAACUAUCUAA